UUACAUACAUUUCUAUUACAGUUUCGUUUCUUUGGCCUCUAUUAAUUGGCUUCAUGGGACUGUAGUCAUCCAAUAACUCUAUUACUUCGUGGUUCGACAUUAUCAUCAAAUACCUUAGUUGGCUGCAAUAGUUUCCCAAUAGCUUUUAAUGAAAAGUAAAUAAACCAAAAAAAAAAUUUGGUUUCCUCAAAAUCAAAAUUCCUGCAUGGAACAAUUUAGCUGAACAAAUUCAAAAUCAUUCAAACAACAUAACUAUUUACCAUACAUAGUUUAAAACGACAGAAUAGUUGGAGUGAUUCGUUGAUUGAUCUGAUACAUUAAACCAUGGUGCAGAGGAGAUUAUCAUUCAGUAUGCCCAAGAAUGGGGUUAGUGCUGUGGGGUCUUUUGAAUCAAUGUUUGAAUUGAAAGAAGUUCAGAAUACAAUCAAAUAUGACUGGGCCGAUUUAUUAAGAGACGAUGCCAAUCCGAUUGAAACAGCAAUGUAUUUGUUGGAUGAUUCUUCGGUAGGUCUUGCUCAUAAGAAGCAGGAAUUUGAUAUGAUUAGAUCAAAUACAGAAAAUGCUUUAAGGGCUGUUGUCAAUGAUCAUCAUGAAGUUUUCAAUAAUAGUAUUGGUUCAUUCCAUUUGCUAUUGGAUACUUUACAAGACUCACAAUCAGAUUCAAAUGAUAUUAAAGAUAUUUUGGAGUCUACAGUCAGAGAUGUACAGGAUAGAUCAGAAGCAUUACGUGAAUACAGUCAAACAUCAGCCAGAUAUUCAGAAUUGAUUGAAAUCUUAGAUGCUAUUACUGAGGUUUCGUCUAUUCCUAACAAAAUCGAUCAAUUAACCCAAGAAAGAAAGAUUCAUGAAGUCUAUGAUGUUAUAUCACAAGGUUAUAAAACCGCUGAAAAGUAUAACUUGUGGUCAUUAAGUGCUAUGAGUGCUACGAAAGAUGCCUUACAAACUCAAUCAAAUCAAUUGUUCGACACCAUAGUUGAAGAAUUACAAAGUGAGGUGUAUUUAAAGGGUGCUGUAACAAUAACCAAUAGAUCUCAACAAAAUGUCUACUCAUGGCUGACAUUAUCCAAAUCCAAUAAUCCAAAAUUAUCGUCGUUAAAGUCUUUAAUUACUGAACUGACAAAUUUAGAGCAAUAUGUACAUAAUUCAGCUAACUUGGAUAUAACUGAAGUAACUGAUGUUUUAACAGAACCAGUGGAGACAUUCCUAAAAACACAAUUGCCUAAAAUUCAUAAUCAUUACGUCAAUAACGAAGGUCAACUCAAUUACUCUAUUCUUGUUGAUUCUACUAUGAAUCUUAAUUCGGGAUCUUUCCAUUAUAUCUAUAUGCUUUUGCACACUGCUUCCAGGCUUGGGAAAUUAAAUCAAAUUGUUGAAAUUCUUAUAGGAAGGCAUCAACUGGAAGUUCAUGGUUUAUUGAAUAGAAUAACUGAAGAAGUAAAACAAAAAAAUGCAUCAGCGUUAGCCAAACUAGCUAAGCUUCAAAAAUUCGAUCAUAAUUCAGAAAUAAGUAUAAUAGGUCAGAACAAUUUUAGUGAUUCUUCAGUUGUAGUACUUCAAGAUCUUUUCGGCUCAAUAUUUGUUAAGUUCUUGGCUGUCUUUCAAAGACAUAAGAUAAUUGGUGAGAUUGUUAAUCUUAUCGAAUCUGGAUCUAAACUUAACGGUACAACUAAAUUAGUUACCAAGUACGAUCAAGAAAACACUGCAUCUGCAACAAAUCAUUAUGAUUUAACAACGGUUUGGAACAUUUUGAAAAAAGAAUUAAAGAAUGUCAUGUUGAAUUAUAUUAUUAUUGAUAACCUGUCACAAGUUGAUACUGCCGACUUCUUGAAAGCCAGAUCCAAGACAAGAGUAUAUGAAAACAGAUCAGUUAAAAAUAUCUUCCAUUUUGAAGAUGUAUCAUACGAAAGAUCUACUCCGUCAAAUCCUGACUUCCUGAAUGUUCUUCAAAAUAUGUUUCCAGGCUUUAAUUUACAUGAUUCAUCUGAUGCAAAGAGUAACUUGAUUGAUUCAUCGUCACCUUAUAUUCAAAAUGAAACCAUCAAUGCAUUAGUAGAAGUCUUGGUACCGAAAAAUUUAUUUAAUAUGAGAAUCAUGCUUGAAUUCUUUUUAAUAUUUAUCGAAGGUUCUCAAAGACUUUUCUUGAAUUUCAAAACUGAACAACAGAUCAGCGGACCUCAAAACAAAACUGCCUUACAAUUCUUUGAUGAUUUCAUGAAAGUAUCAUUUCUUUCCCAUGUGAAGGAAAGUUUGGACUUAUCAUUUAAGGGAUUUGUAGGAGGUACAGUUAUCCGUGCUGAACAUGAUCAAAGUGGUGCAUCCCAUUUUACAGGUCUUAAACUUGAUUUAAUAUCGAUUAAACAAAAUACAACAAGUAAUGUUAUAUUUAGUUCUUUACAGGAUUCAAAUGAGUAUAAUACGCUUACAGUAUAUGAAAAUGCAUUGAACUUUAAGAAGUUGUUCCUCAGUAUUUGUUCUAUUUUAAACACCUCCUUGACGUAUAGAAAGGAAUUCAGUGACACUGCUCUUGGAUUCUUAGAGAAUUUUGCUACAUCUUACUCAAAUUUUUAUUUGGAAUUGUUAUCAACUGGAAAUUUCCAAUUGAAUGAUUAUGGAAACUCAAUUGAUUCUGGUAAUAAGCCAAUACUGAAAAUAAGCAAGUGGAUGAAAAUUCCAGUAUUGACUGAAGUUAGUGGUGCUGUACUUCGUGCUAAUGCUAUAAACGCAGAAGAUCUAGGUAGUUUAGUUGCUCAAGAAUCACAAGCUAUGUUAAUGGAGCAUGAUAAUGGAGCCAAUACUUUCAAUGUAAAUAAGGAGGAUGUCUUGGAUAAAGAAUCCUUUAAUCAAGUAUGUAAUCUUUUACUUACUGCAUCCUGGAUUUUGACUUGGUUACCUUCUAUUAAGAGAGAAUCUAAAUAUGACGUUUACGAAGCUGAUCAAGAAGAAGAUGAAUCAAUAAGACUUUCGGUAGUUGAAAAGUUAAGAUACAAUUGGUCAUUCCUUGAGAAUGGGAAAUCACUAGUUAACAUUACCGGCGGUAAUGAAGACGUUACUCAACCAAAUAUAUUUCUCGCAUUAACUCCUGAUAAGAUUCAAAAAUUUGAUGAAUUGGUUCAAACUUUUGAAUCUAUUAGAGAUCAGACUUUGUUGGCUUUAAGAUAUGAUUUAAGGUGCAAGUCAAUUUAUUAUAUUGGUAAAUCAUUCAGAGACGUUGAUUGGACGCCAAUUACUGAACCAGGUGAUUCAGAUAACUUCGUGGCAUCAUUGAAUCAAGAAGUAUUUAGCAUUGAUAACAGCCUUAGAAAAGUUUUAACUCAAGAUGAAAGAGAUAGUAUCUUUGUUGGUAUUCAAUAUUUCCUUAAUAGAUUACUUAUUCAAGGUUCAAAAACACUUAAAAAGAUUAAUAGUAAUGGUAUUAAGAGAAUUCUUUUGAAUAUUUAUACUUUGAAUCAAAUGUUAAGAAAUCUUUUGAAAGAUCCAGAAUCUAUUGAUUUCACUCUUUCGUCGGCCUAUUAUGAUUUAUUCGUUGCUAAUGAGUUCGAUUUCAUCAACACUGUUAAACAGAAGAAGAAUGAAUAUACAGUAGAAGAAUUUAAGAACUUGGCAAGGUUAGUCUAUAGUGAAAAAUUAGCUGAUGGAACUGGAACUACAUUCAAUAAGAACAAAUAUGCUGAUUUAAUCAAGAAAAUUGACGAAGCAGUAAAGUAAAUAAUAUAAUAUAGUGUAACGGCUUUCUUUUAUUAAUUUCACGACCUGUAUGAAAUCGUUCUAUAUACAACUUUA